AUGGUGUCCCAGGCAGUGCAGCUGCUCCGGCAGGGAGUGUGGGCAGCGUUGACCGGAGGUUGGUACCACGAUCCAGAGCAAAGCAAAUUCACCAACAGCUGCCAUCUCUACCUCUGGCUGUUCUUGUUGCUGCUGCCCAUGGCGCUGCACUUGGCAUGUCCUCCCACUACCAUUACAGCUGUCAUCUACUGUGGUUCUGUGACCUUAUUUUUCAUGAUAAUAAAGAUGAUCUCCUACCGCCUGCACCUGAUGUUUGACAAAGGAGAGAUGAUUCAACAAAAGAUCCCUUGUAAGGAAGGGAAACAAAAUAAAAAAGAUAAAAGAGACAAUGCAAUUCAGCAUAAAAAUCUCAGCAAUAACAUAGGAGACAGUGGUGCAGUCGAAGAGACCAAGCAUAAUGGUUCAACACCCACCAUCCACAAUAGCAUCAAAGGGCAGGCUAUCCUCUCUCAUUACCCUUCGAACCUGCCAGCUCAAGAAACCAUUGAAGAUCUGAAAGGAGUACUGGUUUCAGAAGAACAACUUGUCCCACCAGUAUUGUUGACCUCACCUUGUAUCAAAGCCAAUAUUUUGCCUGCUUCCGUGACAGGUGUGCCAAGUUCCACCACACCAGUAAUAGUGAACAAGCCGAAUGCUAUGGAGACUAUUAUCAAUGGUGGAACAAAAGAAAAAGAAGAGAAGGAAGAACCUUCUAACUUUACAGAAGAAGAUGCUCCACUGGAUAAAGAUGUGGUUGCUACAAAAUUGCCAAAUCUUUCUUUAUCCCAGUGUGAUAUUUUAAAAACAGGCAUUUCUUUUGAGCCUUGGAGUAUGGACAGUCCUGUCCUCUUUUUAGAGGAUUUAAACGAUCCUACAUGUUUAAGGAAAGAGAAUUUAUUGGAUGGGUCGGCUCAAGACAGCACUAGAGCUGGUUUUCCUCGGUGCAAUACUGUGGAGACUAAGACAGUUGCAGAAAGCUCUUCCUAUAUGGAUGACCUGAAAACACAGUUUGAUGAAUCGGAAAGUGAGAUCGCUGUUGCAUUGGUGGACAGUUCUCAUUCUGGGGAUCCAUUUACACUCCAUGAACCCAUUAAAAUAGUUAUCACCAUGAGUAGCACCCAUAACUCAGCUACUGAUUUGGAGGGCUUGCACCUCAUGAAACAGUCAAGUCCUGAGAAAUCUGGUUUAGAUCCAGAAUCUGCUGUGGCUGCAACAGUUCAAGACAGUAAACAAAGCAACAACCAAAUGAUAAUCCCUGUCAUUACUUUUGAUCUAUCUGAGGAGAAUGGAGGCCAUGCUUUUCAAGAAGUAAGUGAAAGUUUGAGAACCCCAGAGAAUUUAAACGUAAAUGUGUCAUCUAAUCAAUGUUCUGGCUAUGAAUCUGGUGAACAAGACAAUAUUGGAAAGGAAAUCAGUGACAACCCAUCAAACAGUCAUGAAGGAAUGAUGUGUCUUGGAAAUGCUUCUGAAAUUCUAGAAGACCCAGAAGAAGGCCAGUGGAAUUUGGAGGUCCCCUUAUAUAAAACAACUCAUGAGAAGAGACAUGCUCGUGUUCUCAGCGUGGAUAGUGGGACAGAUGUGUUUUUAAAUAAGAACUCAUCAGAGACUGUUAGUGGAAAAGAAAAACUUUUGCCCACCUCAAAAUCUGACCUGGAAGCUAAAGAAGGGCAGAUACCAAAUGAAUCAAAUUUCUUAGAAUUUGUUUCGCUGCUGGAAUCCAUCAACACUUCAAAGCCAACAGCACCAGAUUUGAAAGCAGAGCCUGUAAAAGAUAAAGGGCUAGCUGGAGAUGGCUUUCUAAGAGAGAAAAAAGAGGGUGCAUUGACAACAGGAAAAAAUGAAAAUCAUGGUUCCUGCAAACAGGAGAAAACCGAGAUGGAAACUCAGGAUUGUACUAAUGUUAAUCCAGUGAUGCCAGAACCAAUAAAGUUCACUGCCCAUUACCAGAGCACCAGACAACGACAGAUCAUUUAUCGGGUAACUUCACAGCCAGACAGUUCCCUCUUGCAAGUCAUAAGUGGCCCUGAAGCAUCGGUGCAAGAAGAGAUGUCAGUGGAUGCAAUGCACAUCUAUUCCUUCAUAGAUGGAAAAGGAGAAAUGAGAUCCUUGUACUUAAGGAGUCAAGCAGAAGGAAAUAUUGAAAAUUCACCCAUCUAUGAUUGCAUCUCCAAUACUCAUGAAAUCCAUUUCAGCUCCUCUAGUACAACUACCUCAGAGAUCCAAGAAGCAUCUACUGGAGAACAUGGACGAAGGGCACGGCAACAACAGUUCUUACUGAUGCUGGCACGCGGAGCUCUUUCUGAAACCCACCGGCAUUUUAGCGAAGACCUUGAGGAUUCUUCAUGCUCAUCAGCUCAAAGAAAAAUUAAUAGACAGUUUUACAAAUUUAUUGUUUUUCCUGGCAAAUGGAUAAAAAUCUGGUACGAUCGACUUACCUUGCUGGCAUUGCUGGACAGGACAGAAGAUAUCAAGGAGAAUGUUUUGGCAGUUCUUCUAGUAAUCCUUGUUUCUUUUCUUGGCUUUCUAAUCAUGAACCAAGGUUUUUGUAAAGACAUUUGGGUGCUCCUGUUCUGUCUUAUCAUGGCAAGCUGUCAGUACUCUCUUCUAAAGAGUGUUCAGCCUGAUCCUGCCUCACCUAUACAUGGCCACAACCAGGUGAUAAUAUACAGCAGGCCUAUAUAUUUUAGCAUAUUGUGUGGCCUUAUUCUAUUACUAGAUGCAGGAUCUAAAACCAGAAAUUCCUUCAUGUAUACUGUUUAUGACCUGAAGAUAUCACCUGAAACAUUUCAGGUAAUCAGGGACCAUGUAAUAGGAUUUUUAUACUGCUUUCCUGUGAUUUCUCUUCUUGGUCUUUUCCCACAAAUCAACACAUUCUGUAUAUAUAUCCUUGAACAGAUAGAUAUACUGGCUUUUGGUGGUUCUGCUGUUGUGGGAAUGUAUUCUUCACUCUACAGUAUUUCUCGAAGCUUUAUUGCUAUAAUUAUCCUGUACACAUUCUGCUUCAAUGCAGUUAAGGAACCAUGGGAUGCUGAACACAUUCCCGCACUGUUCUCUGCCUUUUGUGGGCUUUUAGUGGCACUUUCUUAUCAUUUGAGCAGGCAGAGCAGUGAUCCAUCUGUCUUAGUGUCUCUUAUUCACUGUAAAUAUUUUCCGCACCUUGUAAAGCAACAUUUUGAAGAGCCACGAGUUGAUCCACUUCCUGAGAAGAUGAGAGAAUCAGUGAGAGAAACCUUGAGAUCAGAUCUCGUUGUGUGCUGUGUGGCUGCUGUGCUAUCCUUUGCAGUCAGUGCCAGUACCGUUUUCUUGUCAUUAGGGGAAUUACUUAGCCUGGUGCUUUUCAUUUUUGCAUGGACUGUGGGAUUCAUAACACACUACAUCAUUCCUCAACUUCGCAAACAUCAUCCGUGGAUGUGGAUAUCCCACCCUAUCCUUAAAAAUAAGGAAUAUCAGCAAAGAGAAGUAAGAGCUGCUGCUCAUUUAAUGUGGUUUGAGAGACUGUAUGUGUGGCUUCAGUGUUUUGAAAAGUACAUCUUGUAUCCUGCAAUAAUACUGAACUCCCUCACCAAUGAUGCUUUUUUAAUCAGCAAAAACAAGAUGAUAACCUCAUACUGUGAUAUCUUUCUAAUUACAAUUGCGGGAAUGAAGCUACUGCGGUCUUCAUUUUGCAAUCCCAUUCACCAGUUUGUUACAUUAAGCUUCACGUUCAUCUUCUUCAAGUUUGAUUGCAAAGGUUUCUCCGACAACUUCUUAUUCAAUUUCUUCAUUAUGUCAAUUGUAUUUAAUAAGCUGUGGGAUCUACUACAGAAAUUACAGUUCAUAAUGACUUAUAUUGCUCCUUGGCAAAUUGCCUGGGGCUCAUCUUUCCAUGUGUUUGCUCAGCUCUUUGCAAUACCUCAUUCUGCAAUGCUUUUCUGUCAGACUCUGGCCACUGCAAUGUUUUCUACUCCCUUGAGUCCAUUUUUAGGGAGUGUCAUAUUUCUCACAUCAUACGCCAGACCAGUAAAGUUCUGGGAAAGAAAUUACAACACAAAAAGAGCAGACCAUUCCAACACAAGACUGGUACUCCAGAUUGAAAAGGAUGCAGGAAAUGAUGAUAACCUUAACUCCAUCUUUUACGAGCACCUAACAAGAUCUCUGCAGGAGACCCUUUGUGGAGAUUUGAUUCUUGGACGCUGGGGAAACUACAGUUCCGGGGACUGCUUUAUUUUGGCAUCUGAUUACUUAAAUGCUUUUGUUCACUUGAUAGAAAUUGGAAAUGGUCUUGUCACAUUCCAACUCAGGGGGCUAGAAUUUCGAGGGACUUACUGCCAGCAAAGGGAAGUGGAGGCUAUAACAGAAGGAGAUGAGGACAAUGAAAAUUGCUGCUGCUGUAAACCAGGCCACUUCCCUCACUUGCUCUCAUGCAACGCAGCUUUCAACCUUCGAUGGCUGACUUGGGAAAUAACACGGACUCAGUACAUUCUAGAAGGGUACAAUAUUAUUGACAAUAGUGCAGCCACCAUGCUCCAAGUGUUUGACCUGCGAAGGAUACUCAUUAGAUAUUACAUAAAGAGCAUUAUAUAUUUUACUGCAAGCUCCCCCAAAAUCCUGUCCUGGCUAAGAGAUGAAUCAUUCCAGAAGACACUACAGCCAUUCUCCAAAUGGCAUUAUAUUGAGCGUGACCUUGCCAUGUUCAGCAUUAACAUUGAUGAUGAUUAUGUCCCUUGCCUUCAAGGAAUCACCAGAGCAAGUUUCUGUAGUGUUUACUUAGAUUGGAUUCAGUUCUGUGCUGGGAAAAGAGUGGAGGUGAGCAUUUAUUUAUCAAGUUUAUAUAACCCUUUAUGGCAAACAUUGUCUUUUAAAUUGUGCAUGGAAGGAAGAAGGUGUGUUGGAUAUGUUCUAAUUAAUAUGAUUGUUUACAGCUUAGAUUCCUUCCUCCAUGGCCUCCAUGCCUUGUUCAAAGGAGACUUUCGAAUUACAUCAAGAGAUGAAUGGGUGUUUGCAGAUAUGGACCUCUUGCACCAAGUUGUUGCUCCUGCAAUUAGAAUGUCAUUGAAACUACAUCAAGACCAAUUCACCUGCCCAGAUGAAUAUGAGGAUCCUGCUAUUCUUUACGAAGCAAUUCAGUCCUUUGAAGAGACAGUUGUGAUUUGUCACGAAGGAGAUCCUGCUUGGCGCAGUGCCAUCCUCUCAAACAAAGAAGAGCUCCUUACUUUUAGGCAUGUGGUAGAAGAAGGAACGGAUGAAUAUAAAGUGAUUAUGCUCCACAAAAGCUACUUAAGCUUCAAAGUAAUCAAGGUUAACAAGGAAUGUGUCAGAGGGCUCUGGGCUGGACAACAACAGGAACUGAUUUUUUUCCGCAAUCGUAACCCAGAACGAGGCAGCAUCCAAAACAAUAAACAGGUGUUGAGGAACCUGAUUAACUCUUCAUGCGACCAGCCUCUGGGAUACCCCAUGUAUGUUUCUCCUUUGACAACAUCCUAUAUAGGGACUCACAGUCAGCUGAAAAAUCUCUGGGGUGGACCGAUAAGUCUCGACAACAUCAAAAGAUGGUUCAGGAACAAAUGGCUUAGAAUGCAGAAGGAUUGUAACCCAAACCACAGCAGAGGAAGCUGCGAGGAAGGGGCCAGCAGGAAUGGAUCUUCCAGCAGUAAUCCAGCUAAUAAUUCAAGCCAGAGCAGCAGCUCCCAGCAUACAAGGAACAGCACACCCCAACUGCACCCUUCCCUUCAGAUUGCUCAGUUCUCAGGCAGGAGAAAAUUCAGGAGCCAGUCUGCUCAGACGCAUGCUGCCUUAAAUCAAAGGCCCCCUCGCUCAAGUCAUUCUGGUCCAAUCUUAGAGAGUCAUCCCCCCUUCAUCCAGACUUCCACUUCGGCUCAAGAAAUUGCCCCAAGACUUUCUGACAGCCAGCUCUCUUUCCACAAUUCUGCGACCUCUGUGUUCUCCCCAACCGCUGCCAUCCCUAUCUUGGGCCAACUAACGGUGCAGGAGCAAGCCGGCGCUGUGAUCAGGUCCAGUCUGGCCUCCUCCACCAGCUCCACUCUCAGCCUCCUGUUUGGUAAAAGAAGUUUUUCAAGUGCGCUGGUCAUUUCUGGGCUCUCUGCAGCUGAAGGAGGAAACACUACAGAUACCCAAUCAUCCAGUAGUGUUAACAUUGCAAUUGGGCCAUCCGCUAGAGCAGCAAACCGCAACAAGCAAGAGCCUGUACGGCAAUUGUCUGAUGAUUAUGAAGCAACUGAUACGGCUGAAUCCAGACGGCGAAGGGACCUCGGAGCUACUCACGCUUUCCUGAUAAGCCAUAUGGUGGAAUGCAGAAGGGCCAGCCAGGAGGACAUGGCUCUAGAAGAUUCUGCCUCUCAACACAGCCUUUCCGAAGAGUAA